GCGUACCACGACCAUUUCUUUCUGGGGCACUGCCUGCUGAGCCAAAGGCAGCCUCAGUGUCAAAGGCCUGCUCCGUCCUGCCCACGCUCCUCCGAGCACACACCAGUGCUGAAGUUGACACAGUUCUUGAAAUAAACUCACCAGUUUUCACAGCUAACCAUACUUCAGGCCAAUUCAGUCUCCAGUGCAAGGCAGGGACUUCCAUGCCUGGCACCUGCACAAUGCGGCUGCGGGCAGACAAGUGGGGCACAAAGGGAAAGAGCCACAAAAGGGGCCAAAACUCUGCCUGGUCAGAGAGGAUGAUGCUUAGAGUCACCAUGGGAUGGAGGAGACUGGCAUAUCAUGGCUAGAAAGAAAAGAGGAAAAAUUGACGUGACAUGCAGAAACUUUCGGGUAUGCAUUAAGGCACACAAGCUGAUGAUCUGGGCCUGGCAUAAACCAUAGCUAACUGAACAUAUCACGGGAUAAUUCUGAGCAUAACAAGAGAAAUUACCGACAUAAGAUUCGGCUGCCAUGGUAUGGGGGAACUGGAAUGAGGCAUUGGUUGUCUGGAACAAAAGGGAUGUGGUGUGGCAUUGCCAGCCCAUCCACCUUGCGGAUGGCACGUGGAGGCAGUUCUGGCCUUCUGAAGUGUGGGAAGGGCACAACAUACGAAGGUGGCAUGCGGGAACCAGCAGUGGCUUAUUGGCCAGGCCAUAUCACUCCAGGAGUGACACAUGAACUGGCAAGCACCCUGGACAUCCUGCCAACACUGGCUACCCUGGCUGGAGCAGCUCUUCCCAAAGUUGCCCUGGAUGGCUAUGACCUGAGUCCAGUGCUGUUUGGGUCAGGGAAGAGUCCUCGGCAGACAAUGUUCUUCUACCCGCCAUCCCCUGAUCCGCUGCACGGCCCCUUUGCUGUCAGGCUUGGGAAGUACAAGGCCCAUUACUUCACACAAGGUUCCUUUCACAGCGAUACGACCCCAGACCAGGCCUGCCACGGGCUGACCCCGCUGACCCCUCACUUGCCCCCGCUGCUCUUUGACUUGGAGUCAGACCCAGCUGAGAACUAUGAUCUGCUGCAGAGUGGCGCAGGGCCGGAGGUUCUGCAAGUCCUGAAGGAGAUCAAACUGCGGAAAGUGCUUUUGGAGCAGCAAAUGGGGUUUGGAGAAAGCCAGAUCAGGAAGGGCAGGGAUCCCGCCCUGCAGCCCUGCUGCGUACCAAACUGCACUCCUAAGCCUUCCUGCUGCUACUGCUCCUAGCUUCUUGCUGCUCCAUCCCCUUCAGUUGUUCCACACUGGAACGCUAUCCAGGACCCACCAAACACCCCCUCUGUCCCCAACUAACCAAGCUCAGCCUUAGAGCUACCCUGCAGCUUUGGCUCAGUGACACCUCUGUCUAAUAGAGUGCUGGGGUAGCCAACUGUGGGUUGGGGAGAUUACCAACCCUGCUAGGAGCGCAGGUCAGUGGAUCCUAUGCUCUGCGUUGGAUGUCCAAGCUAAGGCCUCUUGACAGAAACCCUGACUUGUUCAGGGUGGGAUCAUGGUACAUCGUCAUCUCCAGAGCCAGAACAACUCCUUUCAAACCACAAUCAAGGUGAAGCAAAGGGCAUGCCCCAGUGUUCAGAGCUCCCAGCUCAGCUGGAGACAUGCUCUGCACCUCUGAGUAAGAACAGAGCUGGAAGCUGCAGCACCAUCACUCGCCAGGGGCCAAGAACACAGCAAGAGGAGGAUGGCAUGGAUGGUCCUGGCAGCUUCAGAGGCAGGACCUUGUGCAGCUAGUGCAGAAUGGACAUGCCUAGGUGGAAAGCAGCUUGGGGUAUGUGUGCUUAAGUACCUCCAAGUCCUUCAUGACUCCAGGAGGUGGAGAUGUGGCCAGUGGUUGUCAGGAUUGGUCCUCUUGUAAGGUCUGUGGAUCUUGGGGCUGAUCAAUCAGGUGGGCGGCAACCACAUGCCAUCCACAUGACUGAAAGGGUCUGUCUCCUCUUGCUUGUGAGCUAGUCCAGCUCCAAGUUUCCCAGUGACUUGCACAUGCACACAGCGCUCCCACCAGUCGCUGGCCCUAGACACUGGGUGUUUCCAACUGGGGGGUCCCCCGACCUGUGUUCCCUCCUGCCAUUGCUAGCAGCCAGGCCUCUGGGCCCACCCCACCCCGGGGACAGAGCGGAGCCGCACAGAGAAAGGUUUGGAAUCACUCUCAACAAGAAGGUAGGACGGGUUGUGGUGGUUACGUGCAAGGCUCAGCCAAACAAGCAAUCCAACUAGCAGCUUAGGGGUGACUGGCUCCUUGAUCCCCCUUUCUCUCCAUUUUCCAUGCUUUUAUAUCCCACUCACCUGCCUUGAGUGCUCCCUUUCUCCACCCUUGUGUCCUCCCAAAUGAGGGACCUACCUGUGAUUGUUUUUUCCCCCUUGCUCCCAGGUUAGCUAGGCUUGUGAACAGAUUUGGUGUCCCAGGUGACAUUAGUUAGAUCACCUUGGACUUC